AUGCCCGGCGUCCAGAUUUCCAUCGACCGCGGCGGCACCUUCACGGACGUGCAUGCAUCCGUGCCCGGCCGUGAAGACAUCAUCCUCAAGGUUCUCUCCGUCGACCCAGCCAACUAUCCCGAUGCGCCCACAGAAGGCGUCCGCCGCGUGCUCGAGCUCGUCACCGGCAAGCCUCACCCCCGCGGCACGCCCCUCGACACGGCGCCCAUAGACCGCAUUCGCAUGGGCACAACCGUCGGCACAAACGCCCUGCUCGAGCGCAAGGGCGCCCUCUCCGCGCUGCUCGUCACAAAGGGGUUCCGCGACCUGCUGCGCAUCAGUACCCAGUCGCGCCCCAACAUUUUCGACCUCAGCGUCGCCACGCCAGAGCUGCUGUACCAAGACGUCGUCGAGGUCGACGAGCGCGUCACACUGGAGGGCUACUCGGAAGACCCGGAACCGCAGACCAUCGACCCGGCGAGCGACCCGUCGCUGCACGUCGGUCUGACGGGCGAGAUUGUGCGCGUCCUCCAGACGCCAGACCUGGACGCCGUGCGCGUGUCGCUGCAGAAGCUGUGGGACGACGGCUACCGCUCGCUGUCGGUCGUCUUCCUGCACUCGUACGUCUACCCUGCGCACGAGCGGCUCGUCGGCAGCCUGGCGCGCGAGAUGGGCUUCGCGGCCGUCGAAUCGGCGGCCCUGCAGCCCAUGAUCAAAGCCGUGCCGCGGGGCACGUCGGCGACGGCAGACGCAUACCUGACGCCGAUUAUCCGGGCGUACAUCGACUCGAUAUCGGCCAACUUUCAGGGCGGGCUCGAAGCGGCGAACCUGCGCUGCGACUUUAUGCAGUCAGACGGAGGGCUCGUCGACUUCCGGGCCUUCAGCGGCCUGAAGAGCAUUCUUUCGGGUCCGGCGGGCGGCGUCGUCGGGUAUGCGCAGACGUCGUGGGAUGAGGAGCAGAGGAAACCCGUCAUUGGCUUCGACAUGGGCGGUACAUCGACAGACUGCUCGAGGUUCGCCGGUACGUAUGAGCAUGUGUUUGAGACGACGACGGCGGGCGUUCUCAUCCAAUCGCCCCAGCUUGACAUCAUCACCGUCGCGGCAGGCGGCGGCUCCAUGCUCUUCUGGCGCAACGGUCUCUUCGCUGUAGGACCCGAGUCCGCCGGUGCCCAUCCCGGCCCAGCCUGCUACCGCAAGGGAGGGCCCCUGACCGUGACGGACGCCAAUCUCUUCCUCGGCCGCAUCGCGCCCGACUACUUCCCCCAAAUCUUUGGUCCCAACGAGGACGAGCCGCUUGGCACCGAGGUUGUGGCCGACAAGUUUGCCGAACUGACGGCAGAGAUCAACGAUGACAACCGCGCCAUGGGACGAGCCGCGUUCUCCGCCGAGCAGGUGGCCCUGGGCUUCUUGCAGGUGGCAUCCGAGGUCAUGGCGAGGCCGAUCCGGGCACUGACGGAGGCGAGGGGAUACGACACCUCGGACCACAUUCUUUCAUGCUUUGGCGGCGCUGGUGGCCAGCACGCGUGCGACGUCGCAGCGGCGCUGUCCAUCGAGCAGGUCGUCAUUCACAAGUACUCGUCUAUCCUGUCGGCCUACGGCCUGUCGCUGGCCGACCUGGUGCACGAGGUGCAGAGGCCGGCCGCCGUAGACUUUGGUGCUGCCAGCUUCCCCGUUAUCGAGCAGACGCUGGCCGACAUGUCGUCUGAAGCAACGGCGCAUCUGGCGGGCCAGGACAUCGAUGCCGGCCGGAUCAGGUUGGAAGUGUACCUCAACAUGCGCUACGAGGGAUCCAACUCGGCCUUCAUGAUCAUGCAACACGCCGGCGAGGCGACGGCCAACUUUGGCAAGUCCUUCGAGGAGAAGCACUCGCGCGAGUUUGGCUUUGUGUUCCCCGAGAAGAGGAUCCUGAUUGACGACUACCGCGUGCGAGCCGUGGGCUCGACCUCGGAGCACAAGGAGAAGAGCCCCUACCGCCAGCUGCUCGAUGUUGCCGGGAAAACCAAGGUCGAGGCGCCGGCCGCCGCAGGCACGAAAAAGGUCUGCUUCGAGGCUGCCGCCGGCGGCGUCGAUACGAAUCUCUACCUCUUGGGUACGCUCGAGGCCGGUGUUCGGAUUCCCGGGCCGGCUCUCAUCCUAGACCAGACGCAGACGAUCCUCGUCAGGCCCAAGACGACGGCCGUCAUCCUCGACAGCAUCGUUGUCAUCGAACUCGAGACCUCGUCAGUGUCCAACACUGGCCCUCCUUCGUCUGAUGCGCCGCAGCAGACGCAGCAGGUCGAAAGGACGGUCAACCCCAUUCAGCUGUCCAUCUUUGGCCACCGGUUCAUGUCCAUUGCCGAGCAGAUGGGCCGCACGCUUCAGAAGACAGCCGUGUCAACCAACAUCAAGGAGAGACUUGACUUCUCGUGUGCCAUCUUCUCGCCCGACGGCGGUCUCGUGGCCAAUGCGCCGCAUGUCCCCGUCCACCUCGGCUCGAUGCAGUUCUGUGUUCGCCACCUGCAUCACCAGUGGAAGGGCCGCCUCGAAGAGGGCGACGUGCUCAUCUCGAACCAUCCGUCCAGCGGAGGCACCCACCUGCCGGACAUCACCGUGGUGACGCCAGUCUUCGACAAUGGCGCGAUCGUCUUCUUCGUGGCUUCGCGCGGCCACCACGCCGAUAUUGGCGGCACGCGGCCGGGCUCGAUGCCGCCCGACUCGCACUUCCUCUACGAGGAGGGCGCCGCCAUCCUCGGCGAGAAGCUCGUCAGCAACGGUCGGUUCAACGAGGCGCGCGUCAUCGAAAUGCUCCUGCACGAGCCGGCGCGGCGGCCGGGCAUCUCGGGCACGCGCACGCUGAGCGACAACCUGUCCGACCUCAAGGCGCAGGUGGCGGCCAACAAGCAGGGCAUCCACCUCAUCCAGGCGCUCAUCGGCGAGUACACGCUGCCCGAGGUGCACAAGUACAUGUUCGCCAUCCAGGCCAACGCCGAGCAGGCGGUGCGGGCGCUGCUCAAGACGAUGCACGCCGCCAUGCCGCCCGGCGGCCUGCGCGCCACCGACUACAUGGACGACGGCACGCCCAUCGCCCUCGCCAUCACCAUUGACCCGGCCACGGGCGACGCCGUGUUCGACUUUACCGGCACGGGGCCGCAGGUCUACGGCAACACGAACGCGCCGCGCGCCAUCACCCACUCGGCCAUCAUCUACUGCCUGCGCGCCCUCGUCGCGUCGGACAUUCCGCUGAACCAGGGCUGCCUCGCGCCCAUCGACGUGCGCAUCCCGCCCCACACGAUCCUGUCGCCGGGCGAGGGGGCGUCCGUCGUCGGCGGCAACGUGCUGACGUCGCAGCGCGUGACGGACGUGGUGCUCGCGGCCUUUGGCGCCUGCGCCGACAGCUCGGGCUGCAUGAACAACCUGACGUUCGGCAUGGGCGGCAAGCGCCUCGACGAGACCGGCCGCGAGGUCGUCGACAAGGGGUUCGGGUACUACGAGACCAUCGGCGGCGGCGCCGGCGCAGGCCCGACGUGGGAGGGGACGAGCGGCGUGCACACGCACAUGACGAACACGCGCAUCACGGAUCCCGAGGUGCUGGAGAAGCGGUACCCCGUCCUGCUGCGCGCGUUUGCCGUCAGGGCUGGGUCGGGAGGCGAGGGAGCGCAUCGCGGAGGGGAUGGCAUCGUCAGGGACAUUGAGUUCCUCGUGCCCGGGGUGCAGGUGUCCAUUCUGUCCGAGCGGCGCUCGCGGGCGCCGAGGGGCAGGAAUGGAGGAGGCGAUGGUGGCAUGGGUAGGAAUACUUGGGUCAGGAAAAGCGACGGCAUGACCAUCAGUCUCGGGGGCAAGGCGACGGCGAGCUUCGGGAGGGGAGAUCGUAUCAUCAUUGAGACGCCCGGCGGCGGAGGCUAUGGCGCCAAGGUUGCCGCCUGA